UGAAGCUUCAGUGGAUUUGCGUUUACUGGCUGUGAGGAACACAUGCACAAUGUGUGUGUAAAACUAUCCGGAACAAACGCAACAGGGCGAUGAGAAAUACAUCAUCACGAUACUAUACACAUCUUUUUCCAGAGCUCAUGAUUCUCUAACCUCUCUCGUCACAUGGAAGAGGAGUCCUGCGGUGCCUUUUUGCAGCAUUCCAAAGUAUUCUGCGGUUUUCCGAUCAUGUCCUUUCUCCGGGCAGAGAGUCCCCAGCCUGUGGCGGAGUGGUUAAGCGUCCUACGGCUCGAUCAGUACUGCUCAGCAUUCCAGGAGGCCGGACUGAGAACAUUGUGGGAAUGCCGGGAUUUAACGUCUGCAAAACUUCAACAGAUGGGCGUUGCUCUUCCCGGACACAGAAAGCGGAUUCUCUGGAGUCUUCGUAAGCUCUUCCCUUCAGAGGAGGGGAUGGAGGAAGACGAGGAGAGAGAUGAAGACCGACCCGUUCCGAGAGAGAGGACAAAAUUCCGCAAUUCUGCAGAGGGUACGUGUGUUCUCCCGGAAAUGCCAAAUAAGAGCAACAGCAUGCCGGACAAACUGCUGCCUCCCGUCCCGCCUCGGGUCACACCCAAUCGGCCACCUAUUCCCUUUACGUCUGACUCGGUCACCAUGGCAAUGACCUCUGACCCCAACACAAUGACAAACACUGUAAAACCCCCAACCAUACCUGAGACGAAAGCUCCCACACCUGCUCAUCGAUCCAAACCCAAACCCACCCCGGCUCCGAGGCCGCGCCUGGAACACCUUCCUCUUAAAGGGCUGCCGCAACAACCCCAGAAGAGUGAGAAGAAACACUCAUCUGUAUCGCCCACUCCCUCCCUCUCUUCCUUUUCCUCAUCAUCAUCCUCAUCAUCAUCUUCCUCUUCCGAUCGGGUCCACCUGUAUGAGCAGUGUUCCUCUCAAGGAGAAAUGGCCGCUCCUCCUCUUCCUCUAAAGAGCUACAAUGUGGGUGUGUCAAAAGAACCCAAAGAUGCCCAGACUUGCCCUGUGGUCCCGUACAGACCCACCGUUCCACCAUCCCGUAUCUCAGUCUUCACCAGGACUAGGAAGUCCAGAACCGUCUCUUCCAGAAGUUCUCCCAGUUUCAGCUCUCCUGCGGAUGAUCUCUUGGAAACAUAUCGAGCUCCAGAUAUUUCACCUCGGAUCAGAUCUCCGAGGGAAAGACCCAGAAGAGAAGUCCCGCUGCCAACCCUUAGAAACAAGCUGGAUUCAGCUGGAAGUUCAGAUGAACAUGAGGAUCAGGACUCGGACCGCUGCAGAGACACUAAACUCAUAGGCAUGGCCAACAAGAUGUCCUUGAUGGUUCCGAAGGAGACGAAACCCCGUUACAACAGCCUGUGCAGCGAUGACGAGCUACUGGAUGAUGAUGGCUGUGACGCAUCCAUAUCAGUAAAACGGGGUUCAUGGGUUGAAGGUUUGAUCCCCAGCUGUCAGAACAGCAUCUACCUGCCAAACACCAGUCAUGUUAAUGCUCCGCCCCCUCGGGAAGACUCCGCCUCCACUCAAACCCCCAUUAUUAAAAUGGGCUGGCUGUACAAGAAUCCUCCACAGGGGUCUCUGAUCUAUCAGCACCGUUGGGUUAAACUUGAUGCUGAGUUCCUGAGAUACUUCGACAGUGAGAAGGAUGUCUAUUCCAAGCGGAUCAUACCAACCGCGUGCAUCACGGAGGUCGUCCACGUGGGGGAUCAGAAGUUUGAAGUGGUGACACACAAUCGCACUUUCCUGUUCCGAGCGGAGAGUGACUUGGAGAGAAACGAGUGGGUGACUGUGUUGAAGGAUUGUGUCAGAGCGCGUCGGACACAAGCGAGUCUGGAUUUGCCCUUUAACCCCUGCGCGACCUCUGAGAUGAAGGGUUAUCUGGAGCUGCGGGGUCUGCGCUCUAAACUCUACACGGUCGUGUGCUUGGAUAAAGUCUUUCUCUACAAAAACACGGAGGAAUAUCGUUUGGGAAUAGGAAUCACCUCAAUUGAUAUGAAUGUUGGUAAUGUGAAAGAGGUGGACCGAAGAGCGUUUGAUCUGACCACACCGUACCGCAUAUUCAGUUUCAGUGCAGAUUCGGACCAGUUGAAGGAUCAGUGGGUGGAGGCGAUGCGCGAGUCUAUCGCAGAGGCAUUGUCCAAUUAUGAAGUUGCUGAGCGGAUCUGGUCGGAGCCGUCCAAUCAGAUGUGUGCAGACUGCGGCGCUGUUAAACCCGAGUGGGCGUCGAUCAACCUGGCCGUGGUUUUCUGUAAGCGAUGUGCAGGAGAACAUCGUGGUCUGGGCCCAAGCAUUUCAAAAGUACGGAGUCUCAAAAUGGACAAGAAGGUUUGGACUGAAGAUCUCGUCCAGUUGUUCGUCACUCUUGGAAACGAGCGAGUCAAUCAGUUUUGGGCGGCGAAUGUCCCGCCGAGCGAGGCGUUAAUGGUGAAAAGCAGCAGUGAGGAGCGACGGAGUUUCAUUACGGUGAAAUACCGCGAGGGGAAAUACCGUCGAUAUCACCCGCUGUUCGGCAACCAGAGAGAACUCAACAACGCGUUGUGUAUUAACGUUCAGUCCAGCGAUGUGUGCGAGACGUUGGCAUUGGUUUUCUGCGGCGCUGAUUUGAACUGUGACACGGGCGACCCUAAUCUGCCAACGCCGAUCGCCCUGGCGCAACAUCACGGCCAAAACCUGCAGGUGGAGUUUCUCAACCAGAACCGCAACACAGAGCUCCCAAGGUCAGAGCUGAAGGUUGCCAUAGAUACAGUGCACUACAUGGCCCCGCCCUCCAUCACGCAUAAUGGCUUCCUUUUUAAGACCGCCUCCAUGACUCGACCAAUCACAGAGAAGAAGGGCAAAGAAGAGUUCAGUCGGCGCUGGUGUGUUCUGAAUGACGGCAAUUUUAGCUACUAUGAAAGUGAUAAAAACGCGACACCAAAUGGCGGACUGAAGAUGAGAGAGAUCAUGUGUCUCGCCGUCGACCCCGCUGAGACUCAUGGGUAUGAUCACACAUUUGUGUUGUACACUGACACUGAGCGCUUGUAUCUGUUCGGCACCGAUCAUCCAGAAACCAUGCGUGAGUGGGUCAAAUCCAUCGCUAAGUCAUUUAUUCCAGCCGGAGCGGAGGAUCUGUUACUAAAAGACUUUGAGCGCAUCGGCCGACUGCGUUAUAAAGACGGUCUGAAUCUAGAGACCUCCAGACUGGCCUGGUUCUGUCUGGUGGGGUCGAAUCUACACAUACGGCUGGACGAACAUCCCAGAGAUGAGACCGUCGACCUGCAGAAACUCCUGGAGCUCUCGAUCCAGCCGGAGAAUGAAGUUCUAGUUCUAGUGGAGAGAGGCAGGACGCUGUACAUCGAGGGCGAGAGGAAGUUGGAUUUUCAGGGCUGGGCGACGGCGAUCCAGAGAGCAGCAGGAAGUUCAGGAGACACACUGAGUCAACAGCAGCUGACGGAGGCCAAUAUUCCUGUGAUAGUGGAGCGCUGCAUUCACUUCAUCACUCAAUACGGUCUGAUCUCAGAGGGCAUCUAUCGGAAGAGUGGGGUGAACAGUAGGAUCGCCGCCCUGCUGGAGGAGUUCCGGCGUGACGCGAGGUGUGUGUGGCUGAAGGAGGGAGAACAUCAGGUGGACGAUGUGUCCAAUGUUCUCAAGAGGUUCUUCAGAGACAUCCAGGACGGGUUGUUUGGACAGCAGGCGCACAACUGGCUCAGCUCCACAGCUGUUUCAGAUGAAAGCAGUCGAGUCUGUCAGUAUCGUCUGUUGUUCAGUAACCUGCCGCGAGUCAAUCAGGCGACGCUACGAGCGCUAGUCAAUCAUUUAUACUGCGUCCAGCGGUUUGCCGAUCUGAAUCAAAUGAAUCUUCAUAAUCUCGCUAUCGUGUUCGGACCGACUCUCUUCCAGACAGACGGGAAGGAUUACAACGCCGGGCGCAUCAUCGAGGAUCUCAUCCAACACUACGUCACCAUAUUCGAUGUGAACGAGCAGCAGUUAAACAGACAGUUAGAUGAGAUCACGUACAUCAUAAAACUGAGAGAAAACCUCAAUCCUAAAGCUGGACCGGCCAGUGGAGAUUUCAUUUGUACUGUUUACCUGGAGGAGAAAACGGCUGAACAGCAUGUAAAGAUUCCCGCCACAAUGACGGCAGCAGAAAUGACGUUUGAGAUUCUGGAUCGACGGAAAAUCAGUGUGAGAGAGAAAGACUACUGGUGCUGUUUCGAAAUCAACGAGAAAGAGGAGACGGAGCGCCCGCUGCACUUUCAGGAGAGAGUUCUGCCCAUUCUGCAUUCACUCGGCACAGACAGUUACCUGCUCGUCAAAAAACACUUCUCCAUGGAGGCCAUGCUCGUCUACCUCGCCAGUAAAGUGGAAGUGUCUAAACACGGUAUGAUGAAGUUUCGAGAAGAAAGGAGUUUACUGGGUUUGGGUUUGAGUUCUGGCAGCUUCAACGACCGAUACUUCAUACUGACCAACACCUCGCUUAGACUCUAUAAAGAAGUUCGGAAUCUACAAAAACUACAAAGCCCCGAGCUGCAGUGUAGUAAUCGUCCAGAGAGGGAGUGGCCAGUCAAGUGUCUGAAGGUUUAUCACGGCAUAAAAAAGAAGCUCCGCCCACCUACUUGUUGGGGUCUUACAGUCAUCUAUGAGAGUGAGAAACAUGACAAGCAGGAGAGACAGCAAUGGUAUCUCUGCUGCGAUACACAGAAUGAAAUGAGAGAAUGGUUCGCUACAUUUCUGAGCAUACAGAACGGAGGUCACGUGUGGCCGGCGGAGUGGUUGAAGUCUCGCACUGCGAGUCGUUCGGCUCCUCUGGAUGCUCGUUUCAGUAACGUGUCACUGAUUCCGCUGCGCGGCAGUGAGAACGAGAUGAGGAACAGUGUCGCCGCUUUCACCGCUGAUCCUCUCGCCCUCUUCAGAAAUCUUUGACGAUGAAGUAAACAAUGUUCAGGUUUGUGGGGUUAAAGUCACGUCUGCAGUGUUUGAUCGGGUGUUCUGGAACUUCCGUCAGAUCCUGUGUGAAGAAUUCUGGACUACUUUGUCUCUCCGUCUCUGAGCGUUUGGAUGUUGGUGUAGUUUCACACACGCACUUUGACCUUUCACAGAGGUGUUGCACCUUAUAUUUCCCAGAUUUAACCGUUCUCUGUUUCCUGAGAUUGAGCGCUGUGGUGCAUCAGACUGUUCCUGGAUCACAACACGUCUCACACGUGUUCAUUAGACGGUGACAUCACAUGUGGAAUAUCUUGAAUUAUUGUCCAUUGAAGUGACACACGUGUGUUUGGAGGAGUUUCCUGAGAGUUUUUACAGACUUGCUCAAAUGGUUCCAGAGUUUGGUUCAGACACGUCCAUCAAAUGAAGAAUCACAUGAUGUUUUAAAUGUCACAGGUCAUACAUGUGUGGAGAUAACGCUGCAUUCAUGCCGUAUCACAGUUACCACAAUGACACGUUUCCCUGAACAGUUCAUGGUCAUUUCAUCGCCUGUGGAAGUCAGUUUAAUAUAUUCAGUGUCACAUGGUGCAAUUUCUGUGUUUUUCAUGAAUUAAUGUAUUGCUGAAAUAUCAACUACAAACCUGAAAUGAUUGUUGAUGUUAUGACCGUCACUGCAGGAGCAAAACAUGUCUGAAUCAGAGACGUGAACAUUAGACAUGUCAUUGGGGAUUCUAAUGAGACGUGAAUGCAGCGUGUGUGUGUGUGUGUGAGUGUGUGUGUGUGUGUGUGUGUGAAUGAGUGUGUGUGUAUGAGUGUGUAUGAGUGUGUGUAAGUGAGUGUGUGUGUGUGUGUGAAUGAGUGUGUGUGUAUGAGUGUGUAUGAGUGUGUGUAAGUGAGUGUGUGUGUGUGUGAGAGUGAGUGUGUAUGAGUGUGUGAGUGUGUGUGUGUGUGUGUGUGUGUGAGUGUGUGUGUGUGUGUGUGAGUGUGUGUGUGUGUGAAUGAGUGUGUGUGUGUGUCUCUGAACUCAAAUGUAACACUUGUUCAUUGUGUUGAAACAUAAAGGAUGUUUUUAUAACUUUAUUCAUGUAAUUAAUCAGUUUCAUACUAUUUCAUUCCAAAUGAGACGUCAAUGUUUUUUAAGAGACGCUCGUGACAUUUCUUCAGUUUAAACUCUCGAUCAUGAAACAGAUUCACGUGUAAGUCAUUCGUAAAACUAUUAUUACAUAUACGGACACGCAUAACUAUUUACCCAAGAAUAAAUUAAACGAUUUACGUAACCAUGGCUUUAUGAAAUAAUGUCAAUUUAAAUAAAGCUUUUAUGAAAGUGUCAAUUUACGUAAAAAAUAACGUAUAAAUGCAACUGUUAACAUAAAUAUGGAUUUGCAAAAUAAUGCGACAAUUUACACAGAAAUUGUUUUACGAAGAAUAAAUAAAUUUUGAAUGCUUUUAUGAAAGCGACAAUUUACGUUAUACAAUUUUACAAACAAAUGCAACAAUUUACGCAACAAUGAUUUUAUGAAGUUAUUUGUCAAUUUAUGAACAAAUGCAACAGUUUACACAAGAAUGGUUUUACAAACCAAAGCAGCUAUAUAAGUAAAAGUAAUGCGGUAAUUUACAUAAAAUAAUAUACAAACACGUACAAAUUACGUGGUGUUUUACGAUCAAAUGCAACAAUUUAUGUAACCAUGGCUUUAUGAAAUAAUGUCAAUUUAAAUAAAGCCAUUGUUGCGUAACUUGUUGCAUUUGAUCGUAAAACCAUUUUUACGUGAAAUAAUAUCAAUUUAAAUAAAGCUUUUAUGAAAGUGUCAAUUUACGUAAAAAGUAGCGUAUAAAUCCAACGGUUAACAUAAAUAUGGAUUUGCAAAAUAAUGCGACAAUUUACACAGAAAUUGUUUUACGUAGAAAUGCAACAAAUUAAUUUAGAAUGCUUUUACGAAAGAAAGUGACAAUUUACGUUAUACAAUUUUACAAAUAAAUGCAACAAAAACAUUUUUAUGUGAAAUAAUGUCAAUUUAAAUAAAGCUUUUACGAAAGUAUAAAUUUACACAGAAAUUAGCAUAAAAAUAGUGUAUAAAUGCCACAGUUAAGAUAAAUAUAGAUUUACAAAAUAAUGCGACAAUUUACAUAUUUUUUACAAACUAUGCAGCAAUUUACGCAACAAUGAUUUUAUGAAGUUAUGUGUCAAUUUACCAUGGCUUUUUGAAAUAAUGUCAAUUUAAAUAAAGCCAUUGUUGCAUAAAUUGUUGCAUUUGAUCGUAAAAACAUUUUUACGUGAAAAAAUGUCAAUUAAAAUAAAGCUUUUACGAAAGAGUCAAUUUACGUAAAAAAUAUCGUAUAAAUGCAACAGUUAACAUAAAUAUGGAUUUGCUAAAUAAUGUGACAAUUUAUGCAACAAUGGUUUUAUGAAUGCACAAGAACACGUUGUACAGUUUACGUGGGGUUUUACAAAAUAAUGCGCCAAUUUACAUAAAAAUGGUUUUAUGAAAUAAAUUGCGCAAGAAAGGUUUUAGGAAAGAAAGUGACCAUUUACAAGAUUAUAUGAUCAUGACUUACAGAAACUCGUUCUGUUUGUGUUUCAUGAGUGAAGACGAUUAAUCUGAUGUUCAGCGGUUUAAGCUUGAAGUAGAUGUGAAAUUAAAUUAGAUGAUGUAAAAAAAUGUGUUUGCUCAUUUAUUGUGUGUGUGUGUGUGUGAUUGUGUGUAUGAGUGUGUGUGUGUGUGUGUGUAUAUAUGUGUGUUUGUGUGUGUGUGUGUGUGUGAUUGUGUGUGUGAGAGUGUGUGUGAUUGUGUGUAUGAGUGUGUGUGUGUGUGAUUGUGUGUAUGAGUGUGUGUGUGUGUGUGUGUGUGUGAUUGUGUGUGUGAGAGUGUGUGUGAUUGUGUGUAUGAGUGUGUGUGUGUGUGAUUGUGUGUGUGUGUUUGUGUGAUUGUGUGUGUUAGAGUGUGUGUGAGUGUGUUUGAGUGUGUGUGAGUGUGAGUGUGUAUGAGUGUGUGUGUGAUUCUGGACAAAAUUAGUUUCUGUUCUGUAUUUGUGUAGAUAUCAGUGUGUAAUUAAAAUAAACAUGUUUUAUUAGUGUGCGAUUGUAAGUGUGAAGAAGUGUUUGUGCUGCUGUUCAUGUUGUGACUUUUAUUGUUUGUUAGAGUUUAAUGCGCUCAUAGUAAUAAUGUGCUCAUAGUAAUAAUGCGCUCAUAGUAAUAAUGUGCUCAUAGUAA